AUGUGUUUGCAGAAACUUACAAUUGAAACCUGCGACCCGAUGGGACCCUUGUGGAUAAUGCUGCAUCUUUCUCAACUUCCCCGUUUUUAUUGUGCUUUACUCCAGUUGUGUUCCCAAAGACAUUGCGUUGGAAGGCGGCGUGUGGACAGCGACAAGCUGGUGUUUCUGCCGUGGUGGCCAAGUCCGCUUCACUUUACCGCUGGCUGGCAAACCUACACAACGCAGCUGCCGCCUUUUCCUGUGGGAGACUGCGGCAGCUUCCUUUUACAUCACAGCGGCGACGGCGUAGAUGAUGGUUGUGGGCCUGCUGGAUGCAGGUGUCACUUCUUCUGCCUAAGGGAUUCGCCAAUGACGCGGAUGAUAGGGGGAAGUGUUGGAGGAUACGGGGCGGCCCCGGAGUUUUGCACGGUGAUGACGUGGCCACAUGAGCUGCUUGCGUCUACUGACGCGGAGGCCCACAGGUGUGGAGGUGCCUGCCGCAUAGGGCGUUUGGCUGCUGGGGACGGGCGCCCGCAUGGAUUGAGAGAGACCGUUUUGGAGUGUGGGUGGGCGCAAUGUACUAGCAACACCCCAAUGUUCGCCUUUUUGGGCGGCGCUACUUUCUGA